ACACACACUCUCUGUGCUCUAAAACCGUGACCUCAAAAAUCCUAAAAUGUUGACUAUAAAGUCUUCUUGGGUCACCUCUCAAGUCACAAUACUCUUCUCUCUCUCUGUCUCUCUCUCUCUCUCUCACACACACACACACACACACACAAUGAAUAAACACCUACAGACCCUUCUCCUCCUGCAUCUUCUUCACCUCAUCCUCUGCUUCCAAACCACAUUCUCCACCCAUUUCGUCUUCAAUGGCUUUGAUCGCUCUGACAUAUCCUUAUACGGCAACGCCACAGUUGAUUCUGGCAUUCUCACUCUCACCAAUGCCUCAGCCUUCUCAAUAGGCCGAGCUCUCUACCCAUCAAAAAUCCUCACAAAAGACCCAAACCAGCCAAACUACCCCACACAGGUAGUUCCCUUCAACACCUCUUUCGUCUUCUCCAUAGCUCCUGAUCUCAAAAGCUUCCUCCCCGGCCACGGAUUCGUCUUCCUCUUCGUACCCUUCACCGGCAUCCAAGGAGCAAGCCCGGACCAUUUCCUGGGCUUCCUCAAUGGCACCAACAAUGGCGAUCCCAACAACCAUGUGUUCGGGAUUGAAUUUGAUGUUUUCAAGAACCAAGAGUUCGGUGACAUUAGUGACAACCAUGUGGGCAUCAAUGUGAACUCACUCACAUCCACAAGCGCACACCAGGCAGGUUAUUGGCCUGACAAUGACAAGUCUUUUAAGGAGUUGAAGCUCAACAAUGGUAAAAAAUAUCAAGUUUGGAUGGAGUAUACUGGAUUUAGCUUGAGGGUCACUAUGGCUCCUGUGUCUAUGAAGAGGCCUAAGAGACCACUUCUGCAUGUUCCACUUCAUUUACCUCAUGUUUGUAAGGAUGAAAUGUAUGUUGGGUUCACUGCAUCCACAGGACACUUAGCUGAGAGUCACAAGAUUUUUAGUUGGAGUUUUAGCACUUUUCGAAUUUUUUCCAAGCUAUAGCGUUGGUUGGUUUUAAGAGAAGAGAGAGUUCACAAAGAGUGUUUGUUGGACUCUAUUUAUCAGAUUCCCCCAUUGUAGCAUUAAUUUUUCUUGUAUGUUUACACUCUACAUGAGUGUAUGUGCGUGUGUGAGAGAGUUGACAAAGAGUACGUACGUGUUUCUGGUAUGUUUAGGCUUUGUGAAUAAAAAAUUGUCCAUUCUUGAUUCCA